UCCUCUCCUCCUCCCCCAUCACCACCGCCGCAUCCAUUUUCUCCGGCGAAACAUAUCGCAUAGACGUACAGACACACAAAGUUCUUUUCUUUCCUUCUCCUCUAGUUAAUUGAAUUGCAGUUAUAAUAUGGCCGGAGAUCAGCCGGUAAAGGCCGCGAACGGCGCGGCGGCGCUCGAGACUCAGGGGGCGGAGCUUAUGGAGCCGUCGCCGCUUCGGAAGACUUCGAUCGCUGCCGGAGUACAGUUCGGGUGGGCAUUACAGCUGUCUCUGCUGACGCCCUACGUGCAGCUGCUGGGGAUCCCACACAAAUGGUCGUCACUGAUAUGGCUGUGUGGUCCCAUCUCCGGCAUGCUGGUUCAGCCCAUCGUCGGCUACCACAGCGAUCGCUGCACCUCUCGCUUCGGCCGUCGCCGUCCGUUCAUCGCCGCCGGGACCGCACUCGUCACCGUCGCCGUCUUCCUUAUCGGCUACGCCGCCGACCUCGGCCAGAGCAUGGGCGACUCCAAGGUCAAAACGCCCAAAACCCGAGCCAUCGCCAUAUUCGCGCUCGGGUUCUGGAUCCUCGACGUCGCCAACAACACCCUCCAGGGUCCAUGCCGGGCGUUCCUCGCCGAUCUUUCCGCCGGGAACGCGAGGAAAACGCGGACCGCAAACGCGUUUUUCUCCUUCUUCAUGGCGGUGGGAAACGUGCUGGGCUACGCGGCCGGUUCGUACAAAAACCUCUACAAGGUAUUCCCUUUCACAUCGACGGAUGCUUGCGACGUAUACUGCGCCAAUCUGAAGAGUUGUUUCUUCCUGUCCAUAACUCUGCUCCUGCUCGUGACGGUGAGCUCGCUCUGGUACGUCAAAGACAAGCAAUGGUCUCCCGAGCCGGGGAGCGAGAGCGGCUCGAGCGUUCCGUUCUUCGGGGAAAUAUUCGGUGCCCUGAAGGAGAUGAAGCGUCCGAUGUGGAUGCUCCUCAUCGUGACGGCGCUCAACUGGAUCGCUUGGUUCCCUUUCCUUCUGUUCGACACGGACUGGAUGGGGCGGGAGGUAUACGGCGGAGACUCGGACGCAAACGCAGACGCAGUGUCCAAGAAGCUGUACAACGCGGGAGUGAGGAUGGGGGCGUUGGGGCUGAUGCUGAACGCCAUCGUGCUUGGGUUCAUGUCUCUGGGAGUGGAGUGGGUUGGUCGGAAAAUGGGUGGAGCCAAGAGGCUGUGGGGAGUUGUCAAUUUCAUACUGGCCAUCUGUCUGGCGAUGACAGUUCUCGUGACGAAGCAGGCGGAGGCUCACCGGAGAGCCGUCGGAGAAGAUGUUCCGCCUACGGGCGACGUAAGGGCCGGAGCUCUGACCAUCUUCGCCGUGCUGGGUAUCCCGCAAGCUAUUACGUUCAGUAUCCCAUUUGCUCUGGCGUCCAUAUUUUCCAGCUCCUCCGGUGCUGGCCAAGGGCUGUCUCUGGGAGUAUUGAAUCUGGCGAUUGUCAUCCCACAGAUGGUGGUAUCGCUGGGAGGAGGGCCGUUCGAUGAGAUGUUCGGAGGAGGGAACCUGCCGGGAUUCGUGGUCGGAGCCAUAGCGGCGGCGGGCAGCGGAGUAUUGGCCUUCACAGUCCUUCCGUCUCCGCCUCCGGACAUGCCUUCUCACAAAACUGUCGCCGUGGGCUUCCAUUAAUAAUUUACCUUUUGUGUAUUUUGAGCAGACAGGCACCCCAAGAUAUUGAAUAAUCUCCUUGGGCCCCUCUCUUCUGUAUCUUACUCUCUCCUUUUUGGUUUUUACUCUGUAAUCUCAAGUAUAUUUGCCCCUUUUUUUCAACCCUUGAUAUCGCGACCGAGUCCUGUGCUUUUUCCUUUAGUUUACAAGAAGAAAAAGGAAUAAGAAAGAGCCUCUGGUCCAAUCCAGAGGUUAUUAUUGGGUUCCAGGGGUCACUUGGGCUUCCAGUGGGCCCAUUUUCUA